GCGUGCUGCUAUCCAUAUCUAUCCCUUCUCUUCUCUCUUCCUCUUCUUCUUUCGCUGUCUGCUUCUGGAGUCUGGACGGGGCUGCGGGCCUAAAAAAAACUUAGGUUGAUCCUCUUCCUCGCUGCUGAGGCAAUCUUUGUUAUCCCGGCGACCUGAAGGUCUCGCUCUGUGGCGGCUCGGGAUCGGGGGUUUGGGAUUUUAUCUUCUUGAGUUUAGUCCUCUCGUUGGGGUUGUUGAGGCCGGAUUAUGAGAUGGGCUUCUUGUCGUGCCUGUUCCGGUGUCCUGAGGACGGGUUGGCGGCGGCGGAGGAGGAGGAGUGCAGCAGAGUCGCUCAUCAAGACGCCUCAGUGGAAUUUUCGGAGUCGUCAGAAAGUUGCCCACUGAAAACUGAAUCCAUGGAUAUGGAAGGAAUCCAAAGGAAUGGAGCUCAUGAUGAAGCAUUGAUCUUCACUAUGCGUGAGCUUGCUGAUGCUACCAACAAUUUCAGCCCUGAUUUUCUUUUGGGCCGAGGAGGAUUUGGUUGUGUGUAUAAAGCAUAUAUGAACGGUGGACAGGUUGUUGCAGUGAAACAACUUGAUCUCAAUGGGCUUCAAGGGAACAGAGAAUUCCUUGUGGAGGUUCUCAUGCUGAACCUCUUGCAUCACCCUAAUCUUGUCAAUUUACUUGGUUACUGUGUCCAUGGGGAUCAACGCUUGCUCGUUUAUGAAUAUAUGCCAUUGGGAUCACUAGAAGACCAUCUUCAUGAUCUUUCGCCCAAUCAACAACCUCUAGAUUGGACAACACGGAUGAAGAUAGCUGCUGGUGCAGCUGCUGGUUUGGAAUACUUGCAUGAUACGGCAAAUCCACCAGUUAUUUACCGAGAUAUUAAGCCAUCGAACAUUCUUCUUGGUGAAGGGUAUCAUGCAAAGUUGUCUGACUUUGGACUUGCUAAACUCGGUCCUGUAGGUGACAAGACUCAUGUGACAACCCGUGUCAUGGGGACUUAUGGUUAUUGUGCUCCUGAGUACGCUUCGACUGGACAGCUAACAAUUAAGUCUGAUAUCUAUAGUUUUGGUGUGGUGUUCCUCGAGCUAAUUACAGGGCGAAGAGCACUUGACAGCAAUCGGCCCCGCGAGGAACAAGAUUUGGUUUCAUGGGCUCGUCCAUUGUUCAAAGAGCAAAAGAAAUUUCCAAAGAUGGCUGAUCCUUUGUUGCAAGGCCACUUCCCGAGGAGGGGUUUGUACCAGGCAAUGGCUAUUGCAGCAAUGUGUUUGCAGGAAAAAGCAAGGAACCGCCCUCUCAUUAGGGAAGUUGCUGCUGCGCUCUCUUAUUUGUCAUCACAAACGUAUGAUAGGCAUGACGCUGCCUCUCGUCGUCACCUUGUGGGCCCUUCAGCUCCAAGAGCGCAGGACGAUCUGGUUAACCAGGAUCUUGCUAUGCCUAGUCAACAUGGAGCUGAGACAUCGAUGCAUGACCAAUCGAAUCACUUUGUACCAGAAGGAAAAGAACAUUGCUGGAGUGGCUCUAAUCGCACAUCUCGGGGCAGGGUUGUUCCAAACGGUGUGGACAGAGAGCGUGCACUUGCAGAUGCCAAUGUCUGGGCCGAGGCUUGGAGGCGCCACGAGAAGGAAAACAAAAUUCGGUAAUCGAUAGUAUCCAUGGACCAUGAGCUUUGUUUGAGGUUUUGUCAUGUUAGCAAUUUUAUAGAACAAUAUGAAGUACAGACAAAAAAGUAUUGUUACAAGAGGAGGAAUAAUGCACAGCGUGGUGUGUACAGCUGCACCACCAGAGUGAGCGCUGCAAGAUUUCACCGGUGAAGACUUACAUCCAGAAUUAUUUUGUUGCAGCAUACACACAUGGAUUUAUUUUCACUCAUAGUUGAGCAGUUACAGCCUCAGCAUGGGCUGUAAUGUAAUAACCCCCCUAGUAGAUGGAUCAGAGUAUACAACCGUUUUUUACAGUUAAGUGGUAUUGGACGGCCAGAAUUUUGAUUUUUGGAUCCAUGUACAUGAAAUGGUAAUGUCUUGCAGCAUAUACAAUUUAUUUGCAUGUUAACUCCAUCAUUGAACAUGAAGCUUCAGCAGUGUAACCUGAUGAAGAAUUUUAUA